AUGGCAGUCAAAUGUUUCCUGAUGUUCUUUCUGUUUUGGUUUCAUCCGUCUUUUACUUGUCUUGACACCUUGUUUAAUAUAUAUAUAUAUAUAUAUAUAUUUUUUUUUUUACCAGCAUGCUGGGUUGUGGGUGGCAUACUUAUAAGAAAAAGAGGCGCUUUGACCCCUCGUCACUCUCUGUUCCAGAAACUGCACUUGAAAUACACUCGGAGUCUUGUAGGCCGAUUUAAAAUGCCAGUCGAUAUAUCGACUGUAGACAAUACUUCGGAUGGUUUCUGUUAGUAUUUCAUUUCUCGCGUGGGAGAAACGAUAUUUGUAUGAGGUAAAAUGCCGAAAAACGCAGUCGGCGCAAGGUUAUCUUCAUGCGAGGUUAAAUCAAUCCUCUUUUUUUUUUUCAAUAAAAUCUCCUCUUCUGGGGCGAUGCGUCAACAAACGGGUUCAGCAGAUUAGUAUCCAAAUUUCACCUAUCUCAGUAAUUUUUUCAUUGGCAAGUAAUAAUUUUCUGACGUACUCUGAAAAAAAAUUAUCUUUAAAUGAAAAAAAAGAGAAAAAACUCUUAAAGUGAAGAUAUAGAGAAUAUAUUUACCACGUUACGUUUAAACAGAUUCACAGAAGGAAAAGAUAGAUAGGUAACACGGAUAGUUAAAGUCUUGUUUUCAUCUGCAAUUAUUCAGUGAAGGGGAAGAUGAAGUUGAGAUGGAUCAGCUGAACGUAAACACAGAUGGAUGGGAGAUUGCAGCUGACCGCCUGAACCUUCGUGAGCAUAUUGGCAAAGGGGCAUUUGGUUCAGUGUGGCGAGCGCUACUGGGUCGUUCCCGUGGCAGACCUGGAAAUCGCACAGUUGCUGUCAAGUGCUACCUACGUAAGUAAUUUGUUAGAUCUUUUUUUAACUCAAAGCUUAAUUCAACUAUCCUUAAUCAAUUUUCAGUGUUUUUCAUCUUCAUAGAGAGCAUUUCUCUUAGAACUCGCUUAAUUAACCUAUCUAAUAUAUAAAAUUGAUAGUUUAAAAGCUAUGAACUGUUAAAAUGAUUUACCAGCUGGCAUGUCAAAUAAGUUGCGAAUGGUUCCCCGAGGGACUAGUCGUCAGGUAAUUUGCCACAUAACGCAACGAACAUUUGACAGAACACGAUUAUCAUUUGGAGUAUAAGCAGCUGUGGAGACAAACGGAAAUUUAUUGAUUAAAUUGCAUCAAAGCGCAUAAAAGGGGAAAAUACUGCAAUACUAAAAAUGUCAGUACUUUCGCGCCACCACAAGUCACCCGCUGUUCACCUAUAACCUUCUGACGUCGUAUAUUUUGCAAAGUUGCCCGCUUAGAAACUUUUAAAGGGAAAUCAUGUCAUAUGAUCUCAAAGAAACUUAGAGAAGGUGAGCCUUUGGCGCAAAAACUCGUGCCAUAUGCCCGUCUAGUGGUGGUAGUAUGAUCUUCUUUCGUUGGAAAAAGCUGAAAAUCAUAAUGUAGUCGAACCUGCAUCAAGCGGCAUCGUAUUAAGCGGUUACCCUGUGAUAAGGGGUGGGUUUUCAAUGCCCCAAAAUUUUCUUCACUACUCGUAGUACUUUUUAUACCAAGCGAUUUUGGUCACCCAUUACUAUGUCCCAACAGCCUAUUUGUAAUGUUCCCUACCUGCACUGAACGGUCAAUAAAGCGGAAGUACUCAAAUAAAAUUAAGAAUAAUUUUUCAAGUAAAAUUUAAUCCAAGCUAAUCUCCCGAAAUCAAUGUUAGAAGUAUUUUGGAGCGAGGUCAUGUAUGUUAAGUGGUCCGUGAUGGCAUAGAAUGGCGAUUUUUAAUUUUUAUCAAUAAUACUCCUAUUCCGUGGAACCUUUAUUAAACGGUCGACCCGUGCAUGACCGCUAAAUACAGGUUGGACUGUCUCAAGCUUACAGAGUCAAAUGAAUUUACAAUAACUCUGGAAAUGGUUAUGAGUCUAUGUAACAUUUAAUAUGAUAAAAGCAAGGAUUAUGUACCAUAUGAACAGUAGGGAACAAGAAGGCGCAAAUAGAGGAUAUUCUAAAAAAACCAAUGGUCUCAAAUGUCUAUUCGACCGAUUAGGUAUUAUAACAGGUGCGAUUUCUAGGCUUAAUUGCGUCUCUACUUUUGUGAGUUGUCUGUAAAAUAAUUGCGCAGUUCUAUGAGCUUGCCAGAUGAUAACAAUUGCUCGGGAUUUUCGGUAAGUAUGGAUUUUAUGGGGUUUAGAAAACGAAAUUUAAUUUGUCUUAUGCAGACCAAAUGCAUUGUAAUUUCCGCCGAUAGUUUAACACCAAGUAUACAAUACUUGCAAAAGUGGAUGUUCACCACAUAAGCAAUUGUGUCUCUCAUGACAUGCAAAUUUUUUUUGUAUAUUUUAUUUUUCGUGGUUUCCUAGCAAUCUCCGGAGAGAAAGGAAGGAAGGCCCUGCUGAGAGAGAUCGAGUUAUUAAAACUCUUUGGAAGGGAGGGCCAUGAAAAUGUUGUUAAGUUCAUCGGUUGUGUUACAGUUGGAGGUAAUCAGCUAUUGUUAUGAUUAUAAUCAGCUAAUUCACAGUAACGAUAAAAACAUAUCUGACGUCAACCAGUAUUGCUUAAAUGGUGCACUAAUUCAAGGGUUAUUUCCAUUUUUUAGUCUAAUCUAAAGAAAUUUACUUCGCACUGUAUGUAGGCCAUUUUACUUGGAAGAUUUAAGCUCUAAAAUGUACAUGCUAAUUGUGAUAAUAGCUUUAACUUACGAUGGCAAGUCUCUGUCUUUUCAUCUGCCAUCCCUAUUUUUCUGUCUUUCUGUUUAUCUGUCUGUCUGUCCAUCUGUCUAUGCGUUUGUCUCUAUUUCUCUAUCUGCUGUGUGUCCAUCCGUUUUCUAUCUGCGUUUUUUCUUCUUUGAAUUUCCCUCUCUAUCUCAGAUAUAACCAAAUGUAAAUGUAAAAUGUAAAAUGUACAACUAGAUAAACCAUGUACAUUUCAAACACAUUUUGGAACUUCUGCACUGCUUGCCAUAUAAUAAUUUUCUUGUUUUUCCCUCUUAGCUCAGCCAAUACUUAUCAUGGAGUACCUGUGGCGAGGUGACUUGCUGGGCUAUCUCAGAAAAUCCAGGGGUGUUUUCGACCAAUAUCAUCAUGGAGUCGGAAGGGUCGACCACUUGACAACGUAUGACAUGGUGCUGUUUGCUAAACAGAUCGCACAUGGUAUGACUUUCCUCGCGUCCAGAGGGUAAGUGCUCGAACUCUUCCGGGUUGUGGUCCUGCAUGUGUUAAAAUGGCAUGACUUGCAAUUCAUGAGUAGAAUACGCUGUACGGCUAAAAAGAUCCAGCACAUUAGAAUCACUAUUCCACCGAGAAAUGGUCUUACAUGACCAUGACGUUAAACUUUCUACCUAUAUUUUAUUUUUUUUUAUUCUAUGUAGUUUAUCAAAGUCCCUUUUACCAGAUCAUGUCAUUUUUUUUUUCGAUUUCAGAUAAUUCAUCGCGAUCUUGCAGCUCGUAACAUCCUCCUUCUUGACGAGCAUCGUGUCUGCAAGUUGACUGACUUUGGGCUCUCUUAUCAGGAUUUCAAAUACGGCCCAGGAAAUGCCAAGAGGGUAAUUUUCAAAAUUUUUAAUCAUUAAGUCAAUUGGUUUUGGGGCAGCUAGUAUGGAAGAUAAAAAUGUGAAGAAUUAAAAUAUUACUGUCCUCACAAACCUUUCUUUUCAGUUAUACAGUUUUACUGCAAACAUAUUUCCUUCAAUGGGAAGCCGUUCUAAGCGUAUCGAAACUUUCACAGAAGAAAAUUGUACCUAGGGAGGAACACAGGAAAUAAGAAAGCUGGAAGAGAUAUCGUUCUCUGAAUAGCAAAGAUACAAAAUCGAAAGGCAAAAGAAACAGGAGAUUUAAAGGAAAAGGAGUGUGUGAAUUAUUUAUACAGAAUUUGUACAGAGGUGUCUACUGCUCUUGACUUUCUCAUGAAUCCGUACAUCACAGUUUUAAUCUUAUAUGCAAAAUAUUUUAGAAGUUGUAUACAAGCCUCUUUAGAUUUCAGACGUUUAUAGUAUUUUGGUUACUCAUCCAGGGCUGUAUCCCAAUCAAAUGGACUGCACCCGAGAUUCUCUUUGGACAUGUGGAACAGCUGUCAACCAAAAGCGAUGUGUACGUACUAUAUUGGUUAAUAUCCACAUAUAUUCCAAGAGAGAACAUUUUUUACGAUUCUACCUUAACUUAGCGAGGAAAACUAGAAUAUUCAGUGCUCUAUUGAUUAGAGGGUCAUUAGGAAACGUCAAGCUGGGGAACAGCUGAGGUUACAGCUGUAGUAGGAGACUUAACAUGAAUAUUAAGUUUAACGAGCAAUAUCCAAAAUCUGAUUAGGAUAAGAACAGACGGAUGAAAGGAUGAGUGGAUAAUCAAACAAAUAAAUAUGGCGUUUUCUGUUAAGGAGGUUGCCUACGUCUUGAUGGCAUGUUUUUAAACAUCCCAAGUAUCUGAGUGAUUGUUAUCUUUCUACCCUUGUUGAGAUAUAUCAUCAUCCUUUUAUUUCUUUGACAGGUGGUCCUACGGCAUCGUCCUGUAUGAAAUCUUCACUGUCGGUACUUAACUUAUUUGUUACUUUACAUUCAGGAAAUAUACCUGCCGAGAUUUCACGCACAAUUACUAAUUGAUGGGUGAUACCGAGCGGACGAAAGAGCAUUGUGCGAUAGAGAAGUUGAAGCAAUACUCAAUGUCGCUGAUAAAUAAGAUUAUGACGAUGCAUAACAACUUGACAUAAAACUUAAGUUUAAGUAGAACCGAUAGUAUUUAGUACAUUAUUGAAAAAGCUUAAACCAUCGCUACACUUAAAUUUAUUUUUUUUACAGUACUCUUUCAUCUGAUGUAAAACCGAAAUGAAUUUCAGUAAUUAAUUGUCAUUUUCACAGAAGAAUCAUUUCGAUCGCGCCGAGAGGAAUGAAAGUGAUAACAACAAAAAAGUGUGCUUUUUUGGGGAAGAGAAAAAAAACAUUAUUUUUCCACAGGAGGCAUUCCUUACGAAGGAUGGUCUCAGUCCACGACAAUGAAAAAAAUCGAAGAAGGUUAUCGUCUGCCAAAGCCUGAACAUAUCGACGACAGUUUGUAAGUGUUGCUUCCUCUGUGUGGAAUGUUAUAUAAGUCAAGAGCAAUAUCGAUUGCUGCUGUGGUCAGGUGUUUUUGAUGCACUCGGCCUGAAUAAGAAGCCUUCCUAAAAAAUUAAUUUUAUCUUGUCAAUACACAAAUUAAAAUGAAAAGUUGUUGAGUCAAGUAAAGAAUACGGUGGGUUUUUCGUCCCAGAAUUCGUUUGAGCUGCGAUGUAGUGAGAUAAAAUUAGCAUUUCAGGUAUUUUUGUAACUAGUUGUAUCCUAUCGCGGAAUUACUGUGAUCAUAUGUCCCUCUGUUUUUCUGUAGAUACGCGGUGAUGUUAAACUGCUGGAAAUACGAAAGCGCCAGCCGGCCACACUUUGUGAAGCUCUACCAAACAAUGGAUACGUAUAUUAAAACAAAGGUAUGCCAUACAGCGUCUGAUUCAGGAUAUACUUCAGCAAUUGAAAUUGGUAUCCUAACAAGUCAAUUGCGAAUUUCUUUUCACGUCAAUGUGGUAUCAAAACGCAUUUACUACCCAGCCGCUAACAAUUUGUGAAUUCAGUUUCAUCAUGAACCAAUGUUACUUUUAAACAUAUGUGAGUGUGGUUACGUUAUGUCAGUCUGGAUCAUCCUUAUUUUCCCAUUGUUGUCUACACACAAGAAAGAACGGAACAGAUCUUAAAAUAACACUUUUGGAAAACUUUGACAGAAUGGAAGACCUUACCUGACUUUUAUUCUUAUCAAUUCAUGCAAGUACUCAUGGUUCUUGUCUUUGUGAUCGAUAUCUGAUCUGCUCUUUUUUUGUCUUUUUAGUGACUUGUUUUUGGAAUUUCUUUGUUGAAUUUUUGAAAUUCAUUCGUUCAAGAUUUUUUAACUCAUGCAGUUCCUGAUUACCUUCUAAUCUUUUUCAUAGACAUAUGUAGAUAUCUUUGACGAUGACAAGUAUGAUCAGGAUAAGUACAACUUUGUCGAUGACCGUGGAGCUGUUGCAAACCCAGAAGAUGCAGGAGCGGACGAGCUAGGAGCAGCUGCAGCAAAUCCCAUUGGUGAAGUGGGUGAACACGGUGCUACGGCACAUUCCUUUGUGGUUGCAAUAGACGAUGGUGCCCAAGCUUUCCCUUUCGCUAUUAACGUACCAGAGAGAGGGGCAGCUGCAGCAAAUCUCGCCCAUGAAGUGGGUAAGCACGGUGCUGCUGCACAUCCCUUUGUGGUUGCAAUUGACGAUGGUGCUACAGCUUUCCCCUUCGCUAUUAACUUACAAAACAAAGGGGCAGCUGCAGCAAAUCUCGCCCAUGAAGUGGGUAAGCACGGUGCUGCUGCACAUUCCUUUGUGGUUGCAAUUGACGAUGGUGCUACAGCUUUCCCCUUCGCUAUUAACUUACAAAACAAAGGGGCAGCUGCAGGAAAUCUCGCCCAUGAAGUGGGUAAGCACGGUGCUGCUGCACAUCCCUUUGUGGUUGCAAUUGACGAUGGUGCUACAGCUUUCCCCUUCGCUAUUAACUUACAAAACAAAGGGGCAGCUGCAGGAAAUCUCGCCCGUGAAGUGGGUAAGCACGGUGCUGCUGCACAUCCCUUUGUGGUUGCAAUUGACGAUGGUGCUACAGCUUUCCCCUUCGCUAUUAACUUACAAAACAAAGGGGCAGCUGCAGGAAAUCUCGCCCGUGAAGUGGGUAAGCACGGUGCUGCUGCACAUCCCUUUGUGGUUGCAAUUGACGAUGGUGCUACAGCUUUCCCCUUCGCUAUUAACUUACAAGACAAAGGGGCAGCUGCAGGAAAUCUCGCCCAUGAAGUGGGUAAGCACGGUGCUGCUGCACAUCCCUUUGUGGUUGCAAUUGACGAUGGUGCUACAGCUUUCCCCUUCGCUAUUAACUUACAAGACAAAGGGGCAGCUGCAGGAAAUCUCGCUUGUGAAGUGGGUAAGUACAGUGCUACGGCACAUCCCUCUAUGGCUGGAAUUGACGAUGGUGCUACAGCUUUCCCUCUCGGAAUCAAAGUAGAAGAAGGAGGUUGCGCAGCAUACCCUUUUGAGAGUGAUAAGAAAGAUAUGGAUGCCCAAGCGUACCUUUUGGAGAGUGAUACUUUACCAUACCUUAGCGAGAGCGAGGAAGAAGAUGUUGAUGACUCCGAGUGCCCUCUUGCGAUUGACGAAGAAGAAAUUGACGACUCCAAGUGCCCUUUUGCGAUUGAGGAAGAAGAAAUUGACCCUUUACCAUCCUCCCUGGUGAUGGACGAAAACGGUCUAGCUGCUUCAGCAUGUCCCCUUGUGACUGACGAAGAAAAUUCUGAUUCUUUAGCAUGCCCCCUUGUGGUUGAGGAAGAAGAUUCCAAUAACUCAGCAUGCUCCCCUGUACCUGGGGAAGAAGAUUUGGAAGCCUCAGGAUGCCUUUCUGUUACUGAAAAAGAAGAUCCUACCUCUUUCGCACGCUCCGCAAAUGAGGUGAACAAACCCGAUGCCUCACCAUUCCCUUGUGUGAUCGAAGAAGAUCUUGAUUCUUUGGAAUACAAUCCUCUGAUCGAAAAAGAAGGCCUCAGUGAUUCCGUCUUCCCUCCAGAAAUUCAAACUGAUGACGAAGAAGGUGUAACAAGUGAACCUGAAAAUACCGUUGGUUAUGAAGGUGCUGUAGCAGUUCAAUCUGAAAAGGAGGCAGUAGAAGAAGAACCUAAGACCUGCCAACUAGAGUACACGAAGGAUAAACAAGACGAUCUUGGAAACUAUAUGGACGACCAAAGUGAUGCUGUAGACUUUCUUGACGGUAAGGCUAGCGUACAAGAGUAUGAUGGUAAUCAACUUACUGCUGCGGAUACAGACGAAACCGGAAGUGACGAAGACGAGGAGUCAUCUGAAGCAACUCCUCUUGUGCAGGACUGA